UUUGCACACUGCUAAGCCAAGAAUACCUGGCUGCUACAGCACCAGUCAACAAAAGAUUCAUCACUGAUAGAUUCCCAAUAUAAAUUGGUGCCUUGAAUUGGGCUCAUGCAGGUACCAAACAUUACCAAACCAACAUGUACCAAACAAACAUGGGUCUGGCCAAAUUGUUCCACAUUUUCACAUUGUGUUUGUGUGUAUGGGUAUGUUGAGAGCAUUUUUGACUGCAAUUACCUUUAAUUAUCACAGUUCCCUGAAAUGUUGAUACUCUGCUCUGCUAUUGGUGGAGAUCUUAUGCUAUACUGAGAGUGCUUGGGCUUAUGGUGGUAUGGCUGAAGUAUUUUCUGAGAUGUUUUGCUCAAAAUGUUGGUAGUGUUAAGUGCAUUUUUCAGAUUCUGGCUAUAAUGGAAUGUUCAUUGUGAUUAUUUUUCAAAAUAUGAGCAUAGUGAAUUGGAGUGGGUCUGCCAUUUGUACCCUGGAUGGCCCAAGGUGGUAAAAUACUCAUAAGCUAUCUACUGGUGGUUGAGUUGCCUGACAAGUAUGACUGACAAGGAAGCUCAGGAAGAGGAGAUGCUGGCCAUGGACAGCAUAUAUGGCCAUGACAGUGUGUUCAUGGUUGACCAGGCAACCAUGACUGGUGUCAUCAGUGUGCCCAUUGAACACCAAUGCGAUCUGGAGAUCAAGCCACCAGAAGUUGGCAAGGAUGUAAUAUCGGUGCGCUACCUGCCGCCGAUAUGUCUGGAGUUCUGCCUGCCUGAUGACUACCCCUCCAAGGCUCCGCCGGCCGUGCGUGUGGUGUGCAACUGGCUGACACCGGCUCAG